UCAAGACAGGUGAAAUCCCAGGCUCUUCCCCAUCAGAGAUCAUGUCUGGCAGCUGUUGUGAAUUCUCAGCUCCAGAGUCUGGUUUCUCUGCCAAAUCCUGUGGCUGUGCCUCUAAGCCCUCACUAGCUGAUCCGGGUUCUUGCUCCAGAAUAGUCUGCAGGGAGUUUAAGCGACUUGGCUUUAAGUGGAUUGGGAGCGAUAAAAGUGAAGCAAGGCACUUCUGGCAGAAAUGGAUUUGCUGCUGAGAUAUUUCUUGCUCCGGGGGGCAGCUGCACUUCUUCUGGCAGCCUGCUCAGGCACCUCCUCACAUUCUCUGACCUAUUACUACACCGGGGUGUCGGAGCGCAGCCAGGGCCUGCCCCAGUUUGUUGCCGUGAUCUACGUGGACGACCAGCCCGUGGCUCACUAUGACAGUGACAUGAGGACGCUUCUGCCUCUGGUUCCCUGGAUGGAGGCGUUUCAGAAGGAGGAAGCGGAACCCUGGGGCUGGCAGACUGAUUCCGUGCAGAGUGCGGAGCUGGUGUCCGGUGUUGCUAUGAAUGCCUUGCGGAAUCACUACAACCACAGUGAGGGGCUUCACACACUGCAGUUAUUCUUCUACUGUGAAUUGAGUGAGGAUGGGCAUAGAAAGGGUUAUCGACGGGAUGCUUACGAUGGGAGGGAGAUCGACCCGGAGACCCUCACCUGGAAGGAAGCCAAUGCUACAGCCCCAGUGAUUGAAGGGCAGCCAGACUAUGGGGACAUCUGUGUUUUGUGGCUGCCCAAGUUCCUGCCCUAUGGAAAGGAAGCUCUUCUGAGGAAAGAACCCCCAUUAGUGAAGGUGACGCACAAAGCUGUCAACAGAAGCUCAGAAAUCCUCCUCUGCUGGGCCUUUGGCUUCUACCCCAGGCAGAUCCACAUCACUUGGAAGAAGGAUGGGGAGUUCUGGGAGCAGGACAACUUCCAAAGGAACAUUGUCCCCAAUUCAGAUGGGACCUAUCAUGCCUGGCUCAGCGCUGAGAUUGACCCCAAGGAGAGGAACCACUACCAGUGCCAAGUGGAACACAGUGGCUUACCGGAGCCUCUGGAUGUGUCCUGGGAUGAAUCUGGAUGAUAUCCCACUGGUGUGUGAGAAGAGAUUAGUAGGAAUCCACCAAAGACUUGCUGCAAAUCAUUUCACACGCUUCAAGACAAACUUGAAGAGUUUGUCUAUGUCAAUGAAUGAAUGAAGAAAUAAACAAACUUGUCACUUG